CCACACAGCCCCCUGCAAUGACGGGACCUUCAGAUGGAGGGUCCUCGCCAGCCCAUUCCCCUGGGCUGGCAAGAGGGUCUGGAUGUUUUCUUUUUACUUGAGGCCAACAGAUAAGAAGGAGAGCACUGGGCUCCUGGUUCUUGCUGAUUGUGAAAGUCAGGUGGAGCCUGUUUGCCAUCUGAGGCCUCUCAUUCAAGAGGUCAGUCACCGCCAAGUGACAGAGAAGGCUCCAGGUGUGUGCUAAAUGCAGAGCUACCAGAUGGGCCUCGCUGCCCCAGGCUCUGCAGCGCUGCCCCCUAGGUGACAGCUGUGCGAAAGCUCAGGUGCAAAGACCAUCAGUAUUGCCCAGAAAGGAGGAAGAGGAACAGAGAAAUCGGUGCUGCUCCCAGCAGCAGAUCAGACAAGUCCUCGGAACCCAGGACCCAGGUCUAGAUAUCGGUUUCUUCUUGGAGAACGGGAGUCCCCUGCAAGAGUCCCACAGCCCAUCAGUGGCUCAGUCCUCCUCACUCCCAGCAGGCUUUGGGGCUUUGCAAAGAGCCAGAACCUAGGAGGCCAGGAGAGCACCUGGGGGCGAAGGGGCCUAAGGACUUUGUUGUCAGAAACAUAUCCCAACCAGGAGCAGUGGCAUGGGCUACAAUGAGGAGCUUACUGGAACCCCACCUGGCACCGAGGUGCCUCAGGAGCUGCUGGAAGAAAUGCUCUGGUUUUUUCGCGUAGAAGAUGCAACUCCUUGGACUGGUUCCAUGUUUGCCCUGGUGGUCGUGGUGGUCGUGAUAAGCAUCGUCUUCUUGGGAAGGAACAUCCAGGCAAACAGAAAUCAAAAGAGGCUGCCACCGGAAAAACAAACUCCAGAAGUCCUGUACUUGGCCGAGGCCAGAAACAAAGAUGACGACAACCUGACCACCCUAAGAGAGACUUUGCUCUCAGAAAAGCCAAAGUUGGCCCAGGUGGAAAUGGAGGUAAAAGACAGUGAUGUGCCGCCAGCCAUUCUUCCAGACCCACGAGAACCUGAGAGCUAGUCAGGGUGCAGGGCAGUGCCCCCGUGGUGUUAGCAGACAGAGUGAGUGAACGGCAAUCAAACUAAAACCCUGUUAGGAAAAAACGAACAAAACCUUUUUAUUAAAAAGCUUCUGGAUGUGG